AUGCAUGGUCACGAUACUCCAAUAGUGCGCAAAUGCAAUUGCGGAAAUAUCGAAGUUUCAGGCAAUCACUUUACUAGGAUUUGGAAAACAGGUUUAAGUGAAACUCUUCAGCAAGUCAUUGGCCAUAACCCAGACCCAUUAAUCCAAAUUAGAUCAAGUGGCGUCCUAAUAUACAAUCCUAAUAGCACAUCAAUGCAGCGCGUUUCAGAUACACAGUGUAUCAUUCAAUGUUCCAAAUGUAAGGACUCAGUACUUGUAAUUUUGGGCCGUGGAAACGCGUUCGCUCAAUUCAAAAGAAAAGGAACAGCUCAUGUUGAUGGUUUCAGUUCUGCUAUUCCAGUCCAAAUUGGAACAGCCCCAAACUCAAUACCUCGGUUAUUGAGAAACUUAAUCUCAUUCAAUGAAAUACAUGAAGAUACUCUUGCACAAAAUAAUGACGAAGAUGAUGAAGAUGCUAUAUCUCCAGUUCCUCACUCUACAAAUUUGUUGCAAGAUGAUGAUAAUGAUGAUGACUUUGAUAUUAUGUUUUCUAAUACAAAAGAAGCUGUCGUUGGAUCAUACACUGAAUCCUCGAUGGCUAUGACUUUCUUUUAA